AUGGCGAUUAUUGCCAUUGUAUCGAUACUUGUAUUCGCCGUCGUGUACCAAACACCCCACUACAUGGCCUACAAGUACGAUUACCUCGGGAGAAAUAACACCGGUCCCAAAAAAACUUUCCAUAGGACAGAGUUCGGGACCUUGACCUUCUACAACAGUGUCUACAACCGCUGGCUGAACCUGACGGUCAACUUCCUGCUGCCCUUUGCUGCUCUCGUCACGCUCAACGGUCUGCUGGUCAAAGUCCUCAACCGUGACAAGAAGGAUUUGUCCCUCAUCCAGCUCCCCUCCCCCACCCAGAGACGGAGCUACCAGGAGCACCGACUGACCUUGAUGGUCAUCAGCAUGACGGCCAUCUUCUUCCUGUGUGAGCUCAUCGAGGUCACGUCCUUCAUCCUGACCGUGGGCAUGGACAACUUUGGUCAGACAAACCGGGACGUCAACAGAUUCUCCGCCCUAGCCGACCUGAUCGUGCUGACCAACUCGGCCAUCAACUUCCUCAUCUACUGCGUGACGGGCCGGAAGUUCCGUGACACGUUCCGGCUCUUGUUCUGGAAGCUUCUCCACACCAGCCGCAUGGCGUCCCCCAAGCUGGUCGUCAGGCGGGGUAAGUCCGACUCCAAAACCAGCCACACUUCCGGCUGUCAGACUUCCGGCUGUCAGACUUCCGGCUGCGCCAAAAAAAAUUCUACCGAGCUGAGCGUCUCUAGCAGCUUGAAGAGCACAAAGACAAGCACGCUCAGCGAGGACAGUGCCAGCAGACCGGUCAAACGUGAGGACAGUGCCGGCAGACCGGUCAAACGUGAGGACAGUGCCGGCAGACCGGUCAAACGCGAGGACAGUGCCGGCAGACCGGUCAAACGUGAGGACAGUGCCGGUAGACCGGUCAAACGUGAGGACAGUGCCGGCAGACCGGUCAAACGUGAGGACAGUGCCGGCAGACCGGUCAAACGUGAGGACAGUGCCGGCAGACCGGUCAAACGUGAGGACAGUGCCGGCAGACAGACGUAUGAUGAAGAGAGACUUGCCAGGCGCGGCGACCUUUAA